AGCUCGCCAAGGAUAAUGGCCGCUCGCUGCUGCAUUUCUCUCAGGACUAGAGUAUUGUGUAAUUUACCCUUCAUCCUAAAGAAGCCAGUUCUUCUCGCACGGACACUGUGUCACGCCAAGCGAGAUGUCCCCGAAAACCGGUUGCCUCUGCUCAGGUUCGCGAAGCUGUCAGAGAAUGCUUUUACCCCCACCAGAGGAUCAGUCCGGGCGGCGGGGUAUGAUCUAUACAGUGCAUAUGACUAUAUAAUUCCAUCAAUGGACAAGGUGGUGGUGAAAACAGAUAUACAGAUUUGUGUUCCCUCAGGCUGUUAUGGAAGAGUGGCUCCCCGGUCGGGCUUGGCUGCAAAGUACUUUAUUGAUGUUGGAGCUGGUGUUAUUGAUGAGGAUUACAGAGGAAACGUAGGAGUGGUUUUAUUUAACUUUGGAAAGGACACCUUUGAAGUCAAGAAAGGGGACAGAGUUGCACAGUUAAUAUGUGAACAAAUAGUGUAUCCUGAGCUUGAUGAGGUCAAAAUUUUAGAUGAUACAGAGCGUGGUGCUGGUGGCUUCGGCUCUACAGGUCAAAACUGAGCUACAAACUACGAUUCUGUGUUUUAUGUCUUUUUGUAUUAAAAAUGCUUAUAAUAAAGGUUUUUUUGUAAUAAAACUGUUUGUUAAUGUGAAUAAGGAAA